AUCUGCUUCCACAGGAAUCUAGGCUUUAUUUUAAAAAAUAGUUCCCAGCUACAGCGAGCAGAAGUUGUUUUCCAUUUUUUCCAGUACAGUGCCUUCCUGAUGUGACUUUAAGUAAGAAAAACCGGAUAGGAUAAAAGCAAUCUUAUCGCUGAAAGCAUUUGUCCGUGGCAAAUAAGAUUCCUCUGAAUGAGAGGUGCUACAUUAAAGUCAUUCGGAUGACCGCAAGAUUGGUAAUGAAGUCUAAACCUGGUCUUAGUGGGGCUCAGUGCAUUAUAUAUCCUCGCCAUACCGAGGCUGAUAAAUAAAGCAAAUAUACCUAUUGGGGUUGGGGUUUAGUUGUAAUUGUGCAAUCUUUGAACUAGGUGAAUGGUGUCUUUUUGAAAGAGUUGUAUGUUCGUGCACACACAUCAGCAUGGUCAGGCCUUGCAGUCGUCUGUGAUUCUCAGCCAGGCUCCUCUCUGGGGUGCCUUGAGAUCCUUUCGGGGUGCCCCCGCACUGUUAGACGCGCAAACGUGAUUCACAAGAUAAACCCAGAGAUGGCAAAUAGGAAGUCAUCCUGUUAAAUAUAUUCUGCCCUGCCUUGAUCUUUCUGAGAUCUCCGCAGCGGACAAAUUGCUCCAUUAUUUUUCUGCAGUGAGAAAACAAGUGAAUGCUAAGAGCCGGCAUUUUCCUCGCGUCUAAAAAAAGGUGGUUCUCGCUGCUAAACUCCUUCUGGAAAUAAGCAUUGCCAGGUAGCGACUGAAAUAUUGUUCAUUCAGUGUGGCUAGCUUUGUGCGAAGCAAGGUCUGCAGAUAAAGUGAACGCUGCCCCUGACCUGCCUUGGGUUGCAUUUCACUUGCGUUUCCCUAGAAGGUGGCUUUCAUGGGGAGGUUAAUAAGUGCUAAAUACAUAGGUGAAAGCACCCAGCUCUUAUUUCCUUGUAACCAGACCUUACCUUUGAAACAAGUGACGCUUCUAAAGGAACACUAUUUUGCUUCAUUCAUUGUGGAAAGGGAUAACUUUGAGGAAACUGGGUAAUUUAAUACAAAGAAAGUGGAACGAUUUAGACGAUCUAGCUGCAUUUCCCUGUAACCCAUCAGGUGUCUUGCGGUGCAUUUGUUUUAAGGCCAGGUGCUGUGCGUGUCUUGUGAUGGAGGAUAAAGCAUCGGAGGUACUGCAAUCCGCUUCAUAUCCGUCAUCUCAAUGAGCCCGGUUAGUACAACAGGCGAGGGAAUAUCAAGGCGUUACAAUGUGUGCCUACAUAAGUGAUGUCUGCCUUUAAUGUUUUGAAGGGAACAGGUACACGCAGCGGGGUGAUCGUUUUGUCCCCCCAGCACCCAUCAGCCAAUGAGUUUCAGGAGCAUCGCAAUGCAGCGUCUUCCCUUCGGUAUAUUCUCCGAGGUUCUGCUGUUGGACACCAUGGCCCAGGUUACUGUCGGUGUGCUGAUAGAAGAACGUCACGAAAACAGGAGCCAAGAAAACACAGAUGGAUUCCAGGUUAAACUACUGAGUGACAGCGAAUUGCAGAAACAGCUCCUCCUCUACGGAGUCGAACCUGGACCAGUACUGCCUUCUACGCGGACUCUUUAUGAGAACAAGCUAUUAGAGUUGAUGAAUUCGAGCCCGCAAACACCACGUGGUCAGACAAAUGAAACGGAAGACCUUGACCGGUAUUCAGAAAUGAAGGAGGAGAAAACAAAAGAGACUAGUACUGAAGUAGUCCUUGAAACAAAAGACUUCAAAGUGACAGCAGCCUGUGCCUCUGGCUAUGAUAAACUGGAACAAAUAUUGCCAGAGGAUAAGCUGGCAGCGCAUCUGAUGCACGGACAAAAGCAGUCAGGUGGCAGCAGUCCUCAGCCCACACGCAGGAAAACGAUAGCUGACACACCUGGGGGCACUGUUGGCAAAGAUGAUGGCCAAGGUGAAACAUGGUUUCCAGCCUCUCAGUCUCCUGUUGGGAUAAGUUCUAGGCAAAGAGCAGCCAAGGAGAGCGGCCAGUCAACCAAGGAGACUGUAGAGACGGUCAGGGUGGAGAAGGAAAAGCUGAAGCUGGAAAAGCAGAAGUUCAGGGCAGAAGUGGCCCGAGAGGAUACUCAUCAAGGGCUCAUACCCAUGCCAGUGAGGAUCGCCAUACUCACCAUCUUCAUCUUUGUGCUCUUUGUGUACGUUACGAUGGAAACGAACCCGAACAACCCCUUCCUCCAGUUCAUCAUGGCAAGGUGGCUCUAGCAGUGCCACGGGUCCUUGUUAAGGAGCAUUUAGCCCCGACUCCACACUGAUGAAGGUGUGCUUUUCUCUUCCCUACAACUUGUGAGCAAGCUCUGCAGGUAGCGAAUUAAAAGACCAAAGUGAGGGGAAAAUAUAUAGUCGCUGAGUUUUGUUUGUCUGGCGUUUCGUUAGACAGUAGCUUACAGCGACUGCUUUAUCAUGUCUCGCCUGCACCGGCGGAAGUCACGGACUGGCACAUGUCUUUGGCCACUGUCACCGCUCAGAAGUCUUUAAGGGAUUGCAUUUUUAUCUAGCUGAUCAUUGGCUCUGUAAGAAGUUAACCUUUUCUCCUAUGGAGCCAUUCUCUUCCCAUAUGGGAGAAGCACUAGCUUUAGGCUCAGGAGAGAAAUCGCACCCAGACAUGGUGAGCCAAGUGACAGCCCCCAUGAUACCACAGAAAGUGAGAAGCAAGUCUUCAAGUUUCAGGGAAUCGUUCUCGCUGUAUCUCAGGCGUGACUGAGAGGAUACCUUCUUUUCCACCCCUCCAAUUUUUUUUCCACCCCUCCAAUUUUUGUAUCAGAAAGGGGGGCUGUGGGUGUCGGCGUACUUCAAGGUCAAUGGCGUGCUUUCCUCAUUUAAAGGUGACUGUUUUUUGUAAUACAGCUGUGAACCUAAACCACGAAUGAUGGUGCCUUUCAAAUCAAGACACUGUAAACCAGUAACUGAAAGUGUUUUAUCGACUAAGGCUGAAUUGAGGGCUUUUAGUGCACUCGGCUUUUGUAGUAGAGAGACAGACUGCUGCACUCAGGGCUUAACCCUGAGAAACACACCAAAAACUUAUUAAGUAGGGGUUUUAUGGCUGCACAUGUAGCCAUUAAAUAGCAUAAAAGGGGAGGGGGGGGCAACUUUUUUGGCCAGUGGGCCACAAAUUAGCCCCACUCCCUCCCUGAGCCCCAGUCUAAUCCCCUUCCCCCUGCCUGAUCUGCUGCUCUGCUUUCUGUUCUCUCCCCUGUGCUCCCUGCCCAGUCUUCUGCUCUGCUUUCUGCUUCCUGCCUCUCUGCUACCUGUCCCAGCCCCAAUCUGCUUCCUGCCACCUCAACUUGGCCUCCCCAGGCACAAACUAUUGAACAGUCUUUCUAUUUAAUUUAAGGUGUUUUAUCUCAUCUUUGUAAAAUGGUUUGCACCCAUCCUAACUAUCCCCACUCACUACCUCCGAUCAAGAUGUUAUCUCUUUCCUAAACGAGAUAACAAAUGACAAGCACAAUUUUAUUUCUAUAGUUUUCUGAAGCAAUGAAAUUAAAAGCAACAGUUCAAGCGUUUGGUUGUGGCAAGAGUCGUGUGUUCACAAAUGCGACCUGCUUUGAAACAAGCCAACUCUCCAUUUAGCAAAUGCAAUGUUAUCUGGAGGGUACAUCUUUGGUCUUUUUUUUUAGACUGUUGUUGUUUGUUUAAAGGGAAACACGUUGGUUUUUUAAAUUGCUGUGUAAGUACCAAGUUAUUAAAUGUAGUUGCUCCAGUGUUAAAUAAAGAAACUGCUGAAAAGCC